UUUUUAACGCCUGUCGAGCGGCGACACUGCCGUCUGUAAGAGAAAGUCUGCAGCCGUUUUGGGCCUCGAAGACCUUCAAAACGUCUCUGCGUUUAUGCAAAUGAACCCGGCCAACGCAGUGCGUCUACCCAAUCAGGAGGCAGGGGUUUGCGUCACUGCAGCUCGCGGUAUGAGAGAUGAUUUCGAAACGUUCCCGCGUGACCUGUGAGCAACGGCAUAUACAGUAUUUCUACUCUUCGAGAACGGGGGAAGCUGGUGAGAAGGCACCGGACCGCCUGAACCGAGCUCGGUCAGCUGGUGAGAAGGCACCGGACCGCGUGAACCGAGCUCGGUCAGCUGGUGAGAAGGCACCGGACCGCCUGAACCGAGCUCGGUCAGCUGGUGAGAAGGCACUGGACCGCCUGAACCGAGCUCGGUCAGCUGGUGAGAAGGCACCGGACCGCCUGAACCGAGCUCGGUCAGCUGGUGAGAAGGCACCGGACCGCCUGAACCGAGCUCGGUCAGCUGGUGAGAAGGCAUUGGACCGCCUGAACCGAGCUCGGUCAGAAUUCUGUCGGAGCACCGCACUAAAGGUCAGUUGUGGGUUGUUUUAGCUUCUUCAAGAAUCUACAGUACGACCAUGGCUUGUUCAGUUCAGUGUGCCCAAGAUUAUGUUAGUGAUGCCCGGGUAGACCUAAUAGAACAGCUGAAGAACUUGCCUCUUAUUAUUGAAAAACUUUAUCAGAAGAAGGUUUUGAACAACACUGAAGUUAGUGAUCUUGAGGCCAUACCUGAAAAAUGCAGAAAAGCCAGAAAGGUAUUGGACUGGAUCACAAACAAAGGGAAAGAUGCCUGCCUAGAGUUUCUAAAGAUACUGGAUCUUGAGAGGAAAUCAGUCUUGCCUCUUAAACUACACACCUGGAUCAGCCACUUCUCCUUUGGUGAGGAGUCAGAUGACAUUCAAGGACCCACCUCAUGCCAUGAGAUUCGGACCCUUUUAAAGACAAAAGCAAAAGAAAUUCUAGAUCAGCAAUGUAAACGGAGCAAUCAUUUCUUUGGAGGGAAUGCCAAACAAAAAUUUACUUACAUUCCUCUUGUGUUGGAUAGAGACACAGAAAAGAACAAACCACAUAACAAAGUCAUUCACAAAAGCAAGAAAUCUAAGAAACCCCGGGGGAAAAAGCUGAGAUCCUAUAUACCUAAGGACACAUGCAGAAAUACCCCUGAAGAUCUGUUGAACAGCCAGGAGAAAAGCAUCCUAUUAGUGGGAAAACCUGGAAUUGGGAAGACAACAGCUGUUAAGCAAAUGCUGUAUUUCUGGGCAGAGAGGCAUGACGAAAACCUUGACUUCAUGUUUUAUUUUGAUAAGAACGUGCUGACGAAUAUCGCAACUUCUAACCUGCAAAGUCUGCUUUUAGAUACUUUGAUUAUGUCAAAUGCAGAUCUAAGGCAAAAGGCUGAAGAAAUUACUCAGUAUCUUGAAGACUACUCUGAAAAAGUCACUAUUAUUUUUGAUGGGAUCAGUGGCUUUCAUGACAACAACAUUUUAUUGAGGAUUAUACAUCAUGAACUUUUGCCUGAAGCUAAGAUUGUGGUAACAUGCAGGCCAGAAACAGAGGAUGAUGACUUCUUUGACUGGCCAACAUGCAAAGUAUAUGUGCAAGGCUUCAGUGAAGAGUCCAUUUAUACAUACUUAACCCAAAUGCCAGAUCAGGAUCCAGAAUUGGUCAAUAGUGUGGUAGACAAUCCAGCACUGUUCAGUCUCUGUCAUGUCCCAAUGUAUGCUUUCAUGGUGGCAGCUUGCUUUUCCUACUAUACAUCUGAAGGUGCUCAUAAACAAUGCACAGCUACUGAGUUGUAUAUACGAAUUUUUCGUCAUUGCAUUCAGAGGCAUGGAAAUAAGAAACUGAGGCACUUAGAUGCACAUAUCAAAGACUGCAAGGACAAAAUCUUGCUUUUGGCAGAGAGCGCAUUCAGUGCAACCAAGCUAAAGACUAUCAACCUGGAAUUUGAUUACAGUGACAGUUGCAUUGCUGGUGUUUUCCUGAGGUCAGUGUCAGUUGUGUCACCAGCAUUUGCCAGGACAUUCUGUUCCUUUCUUCACAACACAAUACAGGAAUUCUUCUCUGCCCUGUGGCUUCUGGAAAAACCCCAGAAACUUCAUGAAGUACUCCAGCUUUGUCAGACUGAAGAGUAUAAGCACAUGAAAUACAUGAUUCCUUUUCUGUGUGGGCUUCUAUCAGAAACCACCAUCCCUCUUCUAAAGUGCCUUUUCCCACCCGACCAGCCGAAAGGAACAUGUCAUGGGUUCUUUGAGAAGGUCUUGAAGACAUUUCUACAUGAUGAACCAGAUGAAGAGUAUUCUGUUGAUGCUGUCUUCCUCUGUCAGUGUCUAAAUGAAUUGCAGUCAUCUGAAGCUUGUCUCUGGUUCCUGGAGAGAGUAGACUAUAGUUUAGAUUUGAGUGAAGAACAUCUUGACCCUCAUCAGUGUUGUGCUGUGUCCUAUGUGAUCAGCCAAUCCAGAGAUAAACCAGUUCACCUUAAUUUGGAGAACAGUGUUGUAUCUCUUUCAGGACUGAAGACAAUUCUGAGGCAUUCACAAAAUCUCAGGGAUUUGUCAAUGACUCUCUGCCAAGUGUGGACAGCCGCUCUGAAAUGUGAACAGCAGAGUUAUUUGAUAAACCUCCUGCUGUUGUGUGGAAAGGAAAUUUACCUCCCAAUUAUCACUCAGAAAGCUUUACAUCAACAAGCUGGAGAAAUCAUUACCCAAAGUGCAGAUCCAGUAAUCCUUCAUCUGUGCUGUGGUCAAAACCCACAACAGCUCAGUGAUGCUUUCUGCAGGACCAUUUCCACAUGGCUACCAUCCAUCAGCUCUGUUCAUUUUACUACCAAACAGAAUCAGAGAGAAUCAUGUGAAGAAUGGGAAAAGAGAGUGACAUUAUUUAAACUGAAUCUCUGUCUGCAAGCAGCUCUUCAUCAAAAAGAAAAUGUCCAGACAACAGUAAAGAAAGUUACCUUAUGUGGAACUGAUGAGUGUAAUUUUCUGCUGGAUCUGUACUCUCAUGUGAAGCAGUACGAGACUGAAACAGGCAGGAAAGUUCUGCCAGCAUUACUGCCAGUUUACCAGUCAACUCGUGCAGAGUGGAUCAUAGACCUCUCAGAGAGAAAAGCCUCCCUCCUCCUAGAAGUGCUGAAACUCCAAACAGUGAAGAAACCAGUGGAACUGAGCGGCUGGUCAGAUGAAGAGAGUGAAGUGAGGAGUUUCCUUCAGUGUCUGCCCUACAUCUCUCAACUGAGACUUGCAGGUACCAAAUAUAUUGAGUUUGUAGUCAUUCUCUUUCAUGAAGCAGCAGAGAGUGAGAGACAGACAGGACAGAAGACACUGGAGCUGUUAACAUCAAUGUGCAUUAAAAGCUCUUUCCCUUGUGGAGAUACAAACAACCACAUACAGAGUGCUUUCCUGCUGGAUCUGUACUCGCAUGUGAAGCAGUAUGAGACUGAAACAGGCAGGACUGUUCUUCCAGCAUUACUGCCAGUUUACCAGUCAGUUCCUGCAGAGUGGAUCAUAGACCUCUCAGAGAGAAGAACCUCCCUCCUCCUAGAAGUGCUGAAACUCCAAACAGUGAAGAAACCAGUGGAGCUGAGAGGCUGGUCAGAUGAAGAGAAUGAAGUGAAGAGAUUCUUUCAGUGUCUGCCCUUCAUCUCACAACUCAGAUUUGCAGGCACAAAAGAUAUUGAGUUUGUGGUAAAUCUCUUCCGUAACGCAGCACAGAGUGAGAGACGGAUUCGACUGAAGACACUGGAGCUAUUAAUGUCAGUGUGCUCUUUACCUUAUGGAAAUAGAAACAGCUACAUACAGAGUGAUUUCCUGCUGGAUCUGUACUCAAAUGUGGAGCAGUAUGAGACUGAAACAGGCAGGAAUGUACUUCCAGCGUUACGGCCAGUUUAUCAGUCAGUUCCUGCAGAGUGGAUCAUAGACGUCUCAGAGAGAAGAACCUCCCUCCUCCUAGAAGUGCUGAAACUCCAAACAGUGAAGAAACCAGUUGAGCUGAGAGGCUGGUCAGAUGAAGAGAGUGAAGUGAGGAGUUUCCUUCUGUGUCUGCCCUUCAUCUCACAACUCAGGUUUAAUCCAAGAUUUGACCUGUGUUGUGGUGGUGAUGAUGAUGAUGAUGAUGAAAGUGUUGACUUUCUGGUGAAUCUUUUCCAUCAAGCAGCAGAGAGUGAGAGACAGACAGGAGAGAAGACGCUGGAGCUGCUAACAUCAGUGUGCACUUACAGCUCUUUCCCUUAUGGAGACAGAGACAGUUACAGACAGAGUGAUUUCCUGCUGGAUCUGUACUCACAUGUAAAGCAGUACGAGACUGAAACAGGCAGGAAUGUUCUUCCAGCAUUACUGCCAGUUUACCAGUCAGUUCCUGCAGAGUGGAUCAUACACCUCUCAGAGAGAAGAACCUCCCUCCUCCUAGAAGUGCUGAAACUCCAAACAGUGAAGAAACCAGUGAAGCUGAGAGGCUGGUCAGAUGAAGAGAGUGAAGUGAGGAGUUUCCUUCAGUGUCUGCCCUUCAUCUCACAACUCAGAUUUUACCUGUGUUCUGAUAAUGAUGAUGAAAGUGUUGACUUUCUGGUGAAUCUAUUCCAUCAAGCAGCAGAGAGUGAGAGACAGACAGGACAGAAGACACUGGAGCUGCUAACAUCAGUGUGCACUUACAGCUCUUUCCCUUAUAGAGACACAGACAGUUACAUACAGAGUGAUUUCCUACUGGAUCUGUACUCACAUGUAAAGCAGUACGAGACUGAAACAGGCAGGAAUGUUCUUCCAGCAUUACUGCCAGUUUACCAGUCAGUUCCUGCAGAGUGGAUCAUACACCUCUCAGAGAGAAGAACCUCCCUCCUCCUAGAAGUGCUGAAACUCCAAACAGUGAAGAAACCAGUGAAGCUGAGAGGCUGGUCAGAUGAAGAGAGUGAAGUGAGGAGUUUCCUUCAGUGUCUGCCCUUCAUCUCACAACUCAGAUAUGCAGAAUCUCUUGUUCCAUAUUUAAAUGAACUGGUUGUUAACUACACAAGAGAGACAGAGCUGUUGACAGCUUUAUUUUCUGCUAUGGACUCUACCUUCACUGUAAAUGGGGUUUUGUCCAGUAAAAAGUGCAGGGCUGUGGGUAGAGCACUGGGGCUCUCACCCUCCCGACUCAACCUCACUCUAAAGCCCCGAGCCAUCUCUCUCAGAGGAGCUGCACUUCUCUUCAGACACAUUACACACCUACAUAAACUCUGUCUAAAUGACAGUGUGCUAGGAAGGAUGACCCAAGCAUUUCGAGCAGAAACGACCUGUGUGCCAUUGGUCAUUCAGGAGCUGUCUGUGGUCAUGACAAGUGUUUGGUCAACUCAGAAGCUCUCCAAGAUCCUAAGCAGCUUGGUUGCCCUUCUGAACCUCUGGACAGUUCAGUGUCUGAACCUCAUUGAGUGUAAGAUGGAGGCUCAUUCUCUCAUUGGCAUCAUGUGUCAUCCUGGAACCCUUAUUAUCAGGUUGUCUAAAGAGACUCUCCAGAAGUUUUCAUUUCUGGUGUAUGAAAUAAAGGAUAAGAAGCUAACCUGCUUCUUUCUGGAAAAGGUUGGAGGAGACCUGACUUCCUGUUCUCUCAGCUGGGAGGAGCUUCUAUAUUUUGUCCAACAAGGAGCUUGUUGUCAUGUCACCGUGAAUACCAUAAAGAGCAAAAUCACUUCUACACAUAUCAAGCAGCUUCUACCUUUACUUGAUAAGGUUCAUUUCAAAAGGCUGAGCUCCAGCAUUAUACUGUCCAUCAUUAGAGAAAUCUAUGAAACUGGCUCAGCUCACCAUGUGUCCAGCUUCUUGAGUUCAACAGAGAAUUGUAUCAACCUGAAUGGUCGAGAGCUGGACACCAUCCACUGGGCCGCACUGUGCUUCACCCUUCACAACUGCACAGCCAUCUCUCUCAGCCUGCUGUGGGCCUCCAUACCAGAGCGGGAGAUAGAGAGCAUUCUGCAUCUGCUCAAUAGAGUUUCCCAUCUCAGUGUUGACAGGCUCCUGUUGCUGAAGCUGCUUCACUGCUGCAGCGUGUCUGAGCUCCAAGAAAGGGCAGCAGCAGCAGUGCUCUCUUCUCUGCAAAACAUACUGGACUUCUCCUGCCGGGCCUGUCUGGACCUGACUACACAAACAGAGGACACCACUCUACAUCUGACCACUGAGGACUGUAGAGUCAUCAGCACUGUCAUUCAGAAAGCUCAGAAGCACACAGAGCUCAUUCUAGAGGACUGUGAGAUAGAGGAUGCUGGAGUGGAUGUGCUCUUCUCUGCUUUGUGCACAGUCAGACUCUGUUGCAGUAAAGCUCUGCUGCUUCAGUUCCUGGCUCUUGUCCGUGUGGGUACUGAGUUUGAGCAUAUGACUCGUGCUGUAAAUCUGUCUAAGGCCCUGGAUGGAAAGUUAGACUUCAGUGAGACUCAGCUGGACCUGCAGGUCUGUAAAUCACUGGCACUGUUUCUGGAAUACAAUGAUGGCUUGUCAGAACUGGACCUCAGCUACUGCCAGCUCUCUGACCACUGCCUGCAGCUCCUUCUCCCACACCUCCAUAAAAUAGACAUGCUGGAUCUGAGUCACAAUAAUAUCAGUGACAAUUUAGCAAGAAGAAUUACAGCAUUGUUUCCAUAAGUAGCAAUAUACGUACAGUCCGGAUCUUCAACAACAGAAUUACAGAUAAAGAGCCUUUCCUAAAUGAUAAACGCUUUGAGAUAUGGUGAUGACUGUCAGUCAUGUAGAAACGCACUGCCAGAUUUUCAGACUUCUCUAUUUCAAGGACUGCUGGCAAUUACUGCUGAAUGAGUUAACCUGAUGUAACCAACAUCAGUCCAUUGCUCUGUUAAUAAAGAUCUGUAAUUGGGCAGUAAUUGUUUUUUUUAUCUCUUUUCAUUCAGAAUUUUCAUGACUGAUUAAUUUUAGUGGAAAUUUGAAUGUUCACAGUGUGAGGAAUGGCACAUGGAAAGUCCUUUGAGUUUUACAUGUUCCGUGUUUUGUGUUGAAACAUUUGCUUGUGUUUAUUUUUCAUCUUCAAACUAUGAAUGAGUCCUUGUAAUAAGAACUGUAUGGCCAUUGGAUCCAAGGAAGAGUUUGUAUGAGGCGUAGGAACAGAGAUGAUAGUGGUGCAGUUCAUUACUUAUUGAUCUCUGUGUAUCCUGAUGUUUGUAGGUCAUCCUGCAACUCUUUUUGAGUGACUGCUGGCUUCCACUCAUCUUUUUUAUCAUUAAACUGAAUGAUAUGUUGCAUGGCACACCUGUCAGGGAUAAGUAGUUAUGGAUCUGUGACCCUCAUUUCUUGCAUAUUAUUGAACUAAUUAAACUGAUGGGGAUUCUUAAGGUAUUUACUGUGGCUCUGUAGCUUUUUCCAUUCAAGUGCCAAAAAGCAUUGAUGAAUAAGAUGGCCUAAUUUUUGGGGGUGUUAAUGUGGCUUUGUUUAGUUUAUGCCACUAAUAUGUGAACACUUUUAAGUGGUGGAGUUGUAUUGUUGUAUAAAGUCAAUACAUGGUAAUGUUUCACAGGUUUUGCUAAACCAGAUCAAUAGGAUAAGUCUAUCUCAGGAAUGUGAUGACAGCAUUUCCACUGCUAAAAAUAUCAAUAUAACUUUUAUUAAAAUGUUUGUAAUAUUACAUCUUAUUGUCAUCUUGAUGGCAGCAUCCAUCUGUCUAAACCCCCAAUAUACACCUCUGUGUUAAAGGUACCUUUACACAUUUGCAACUUGCUCAUGUCCUGAGUGCUGAUACACCCCUAUUCCAGGACAGAUAUUGGCUUCUGCACCUUUCUUUGAUAAAAGUCUGGAUGGAGAACUCGAUGUGCAUUUUUCCUAAAACCAAGCUGAAAUGUGGACUCGUCUUUUGGACCAUCUGAGAUGAGCUCGGGCCCAGAGAACUCAGCAGCGUUUCUGCAUAGAUCUGAUGUAUGGCUUUUUUUUUUGGAUAAAGAGAUUCAAGUUGCAUGUCUAGAUACAGUGGUGGACUAUGUUAAGAGACAUUGGUUUUCUGAAGUACUCCCAAGCCCAUGAGGCUAUAUUUAACACAGUAGCAUUACGGUUUCUCAUGAAAUGCUGUAUAAGUGCUCGGAGGUCGCACACAUUAAACCGUGGUUUCUGGCUUUGCCCUA